AUUCAAACAUUUUAGAACUUGUAGUGAAAAAAUCAAAAAAUUAUUAAAAUUGUAUAAUUAAGUGACUAAACUGCCUUAAAAAUGGCAGGUGGAUCAUCGACGAAGGUGGUACAAAUCACCAAUAUAGCUCCGCAAGCCACAAAAGAUCAAAUGCAAGCUCUGUUUGGUAUUCUUGGAAAAAUUGAAGAAAUUAGACUUUAUCCAUCCAUACGAGAUGUAUCUGUUCCAGUUGUCUCGCGAAUCUGUUAUGUGAAAUUUUCAGAAAGUGGAUCUGUAGCAACAGCACAACAUAUGACAAAUACCGUAUUCAUUGAUCGUGCAUUAAUUUGCAUACCUGUUCAAGGUGGAAGCAUACCUGAUGAAUAUCAUGCAUUGGAGAUGGCUGCACAAGGAACUUUAAUUCCUGGUUUUGGAAAUUAUGGAGAAUCAAAGCUUCCAUCUGAAGUUGUGUCUCGAACUGAAGGACAAAUUCCUAAUCAAGUGAUUAAGACAUAUGAUCCAAAGCUGGAAAAAUACAACUUACCAGAAUAUCCAGCACUGCCUGUUAAUUAUGAUGAUCGUAAAAUUGAAGAAACUCGUCGAACAAUCUUGGUCCUUAAUGUAGAAUCAGAUUGGAGACUGGAUGAUUUAAUUGAUUUCUUUAAACGAGCAGGUGAAGUUAAGUACGCGAGAUUUGCUGAGACUGAUAAUCGGCAAAAAAUCGCAAUGAUUGAAUUCUGUGAACAGAAAAGUGUGAUUUAUGCUCUGAAAAUGCAAGGAACUAAUUUUAAUGAUUCAUCCCUAAAUCUUUAUCAUUCAACCCAACCAAUUACUAAACCAGAAGCUAAGACAAAUGAGGCAGCACAGAAAGAAAUUGAGGAAGCGAUGUCUAUUGUGAAGGAAUGUCACAAUCAAAUUUCUGCUGUUAUUGAUCCUGCAUUUGGGCUCUUGAAAGAUAAAAGCUCUGCUAGUCGAACAUCACGUUCAAAAAGUCGUUCCAGAAGUAGAGCUAGUCAUUCUCGCUCGAAAAGAUCCCGUAGUCGACGACGUUCAUCUAGUCGCAGACGCAAGAGGUCUACAAGUCGUAGCCGUAAAUCAAGAUCCCGUUCUAGAAGUCACAGCCGUCGUAGGAAACGCUCAACAAGCCGCAGAAGAAGAUCACGUAGUAGAAGCAAGGAUAGACGUCGACGACGUGAAAAGAGAUCGCGCGAUAGAUCAAGAUCAUCCCGUCAUAAAAGAUCCAGCAGAAAUCGUUCAAGAAGUCGUGAACGAGACCGUCGAACUAGGUCUAAAUCUCGUCAUAGAAGUGAUCGAAAGAAACGCUCGCACCGUGAAAAACGUGAUGAACGUAAAUAUACAAUUUCGCGUUCUAGAUCCAAAAGUCUCGCUAGACAUUCACCGGUCCGUGAAAAAUUGUCAUCAAAAGUAUCCAAAAGUCAUGUAAGUCGUUCACCAAUUGCAAAAUUGAAGAGGAUCUCGGAAGUAAGAGAUUAUGAUGCUGAGGAAAAAAUUGGAACUGACGAUAAUGGAUGUGAAAAAUCAGAUAAUAUGGACAUUUCUCCAUAAACUUUACUAUUUUGCUUUCUAUAUUCAUUAAUGAUUAUGUGCUUAGAAUUGGAUCCAAUAAAAUAUAUUCUGAACUUCUUUGUGAAUUGUGUCCUCAAUAA